AUGGCGGAGUUGGUCCCAAUCUACUACAGCAUUAUCGCCUUCGUUUGCACUCUUGGUGCAAUCGCUUUGGCUGUUGCUCACAUAUACAGGCACUUACGGAAUUACACUGAGCCCACUUACCAGAGAUUUAUAGUUCGUAUGGUCUUUAUGGUCCCGGUUUAUGCAUUGAUGUCUUUCUUGUCUCUCAUCCUGCCACAGAGUUCUAUAUAUUUUAAUUCCAUAAGAGAAGUGUAUGAAGCAUGGGUGAUUUACAACUUUUUAUCACUGUGCCUCGCUUGGGUUGGUGGCCCUGGUUCCGUCGUUAUAAGCUUAACUGGCCGAGUAAUGAAGCCAUCAUGGUGCUUGAUGACAUGUUGCUUCCCUCCCAUACCGCUGGAUGGGCGAUUUAUUCGAAGGUGCAAGCAGGGUUGUUUGCAGUUUGUGAUUCUGAAGCCUAUCUUAGUCACCGUUACUUUGAUACUGUAUGCAAAAUGGAAAUACAAAGAUGGAAACUUCAGUCCCGAUCAAGCAUACCUGUAUCUCACGAUAAUAUAUACGAUUUCAUACACGAUGGCUCUUUAUGCCUUGGCAUUAUUUUAUGUCGCAUGCCGGCAUCUGCUUCAGCCCUUUAAUCCGGUUCCAAAGUUUGUUAUGAUCAAGUCGGUUGUUUUCUUGACUUACUGGCAGGGUGUUCUGGUUUUUCUCGCUGCAAAGUCUGGAUUUAUUAAGAAUAGGGAGGAAGCUGCUCAGUUUCAGGAUUUUAUCAUAUGUGUUGAAAUGCUUAUAGCUGCUGUGGGUCAUUUUUAUGCAUUUCCUUACAAAGAAUAUGCUGGUGCGAAUAUUGGUGGAUCUUGUGGUUUAACUGGAAGUCUUGCUCAUGCCGUGAAGUUGAAUGAUUUCUACCAUGACACUGUUCAUCAGUUUGCACCAACUUAUCAUGACUACGUGCUUUACAAUCAUAAUCACGAAGGUGAGGAGGGGUCAGUAAAGUAUCGAGCUCGUACCUUCGUGCCUACUGGUCAAGAAAUGGAUGCUGCGAGAAGAAACAAACACUUGCCAGGAAGCAAGUUGGACGAGAUCCAGCUCAGCAGUCAGUCAUCAUCCGGGGGAAGCACCCCCAAGAACACAUCUACUUCAGUAGCUGCUGAUUCUGAUGCCACGAAAUCUUCUCUACUCGUUGAUACUUCAAAUUCUUUGUCCGUCCCAUAUGACAUGUCACUCAUUGACAUGGAUUUGUCCAGUUACCCUGUAAAGGUGCCUGCUGCAACUGAUACAACGGGGACGAGGUGA